CUAUACCUUCUCACAGUGAUAUGAGUGCAUCUAUUUCUGUCACAACUUGAGCUUUUCCAUGUCGGGACAAUGCCUCCUGUUGCAAAUAUAAAGUCGCACUUUAUCAUUUCUGCGGAUGUUUCCAGGCCCUUCUGCAAAUACGCCAUCAUUGCUUUCAAUAUCAUCUAUUUGGUAGCAGGGUUUACAUCAUUGGUGCUCGGUUUGUGGCUGAGUUACCAUGACAACAACAGUGAUGUUUCUGAUCUGACAUCCGACAAUGACAAAGAAGCCAUUGAGUUAAAGGUGUUUAACAAAGCUGUUUACUUCCUGGUAACUCUGGGCUCUAUUAUGGCGGCUGUGGGGAUAUUUGGAGAGUAUGCUGCCUGUAUUGAAGGCAAAAUUGCUCUGCGAGUGUUUACUGUCCUUCUGUUCCUCUUGGCUGCAGCUAAAAUCACCACUGGAGCGCUUGCUUACAUCUACCGGGAUGAGGCUGGAAAGAUGCUUGGAGAUCUAUACGUUGAUGUUUAUAAGCUCUAUGUGAAGAAUGAAGAGGGAGCCAUGGCUGUCACUCUUGGAUUCUUCCACAGCAUGCUCCACUGCUGCGGAUGUAGUGAAGACCCCCUAACAGAGCUGGUUAGGAAGACGUGCCCAAAAGUGGAUACCAGAGGACAAGAUUAUACCGACGACUGCCCAAAGGAGAUGGAAAUAUUCUUCAAUAAUAAAGCAGCUGUGGUGCUUGGCCUCUUCGUUGGAACCGCAGCUUUUUUGAUCGGAGAAAUGAUUUGCAGCGGAUGGUUCAGUUCAAAGGUUCAUCAGGAUUCUUAAGCUCCUCAAACUAUUCAGACUUUCUGCAUGUUGACCUUGGAUCCUCCUCAGCCAUUAUAGCAAAGCUUCUAAUCAGGACGAGAAAGUCUCCAUGCCACUUUCUGCAGCCCUGUCAUCUUAGUUUGUCCUUAUUCCACAUCCAUGACAAAUUUGCAUCUCCAAGCAGAAGUCCAGAUGCAGCCUGCUGCAGUCAUGGCCAAAGUGUUGACAAUUACUUGAGUUAUGUUUGGCACUUUGCAUGUUUAGCAUCACAACACCUGAAAUAACAGUUUUCUGGAGGUUGAACAGAAGGCGGCUUCAGGAUGUCCAGAUGUUUCCAACAGUUAAACAAAAACCAGCUAAAGGAUAACGGC